UUCAUUCUCUUCUGUUUACAUUCAAAAGCGGGGACAUACACAGACGCACACGCAGAGCAACAAUGGGGAAAGAUCUGAGCCAAGAUCAGAUCUCAUCAAUGAAAGAAGCGUUUACGCUCUUCGACACCGACGGCGAUGGCAAGAUCGCUCCGUCCGAACUCGGGAUCCUUAUGCGCUCUCUAGGAGGCAACCCAACCCAAGCCCUGCUCAAGUCCAUUGUCGCCGAGGAAAACCUGACCUCGGCGUUCGAUUUCAAUCGUUUUCUAGAUCUCAUGUCCAAGCACCUGAAGCCAGAGCCCUUCGACCGCCAGCUACGCGACGCGUUCAAGGUUCUGGAUAAGGACGGGACUGGGUUCGUCGUCGUUUCGGAUCUCAGGCACAUUUUGACCUCGAUUGGGGAGAAGCUGGAUCCGGCGGAGUUUGAUGAGUGGAUCCGGGAGGUAGAUGUUGGAUCCGAUGGGAAGAUCCGGUAUGAGGAAUUUAUUGCUAGGAUGGUUGCUAAGUGAUGUCAUUUGGGUUGAUGGUUGUAUUGUUCAUGCGCAUGGAGAGAGGAUCUGUCUUUUCUUUUGUAGCGUAGUCUUUAAUCAGUGCAGUCCUGCUUUUGUAUUUACCAUCUUUUUUCAUUUUGAUUUUUAAAUGAUCGGUUGUUUGCUGUUAAGGAACAGUUUGUACUUCCAGUGUUUGAAAAAGAUCCUUGUAAUGGUUUCUACCUUGUUCAAACCUAUCAUCAUGUAAAGCACUCAGUUUCUUGUUUGUUGGACUUUCUGCGUUUUGUAGUUCAGUCUCUC